AUGACACCUUCCAAUCAUGCAUCUCCCUUCAGUCCCCCCGAACCGGUGACAAGUCCCACUCCGCUGAGGAGACCCAAGACAAGAAUCUCUGCGGAUGCACAAUCAAUGACUUCGUCUGUGGCUUCACUGCCAUACAGAGCUUCAAAUGCUUCCGUACAGUCACUAUUUGCGUCAACGACAACGCCUUCCAGUUCAAGACCAGUCUCCCCGACCGGCGGAACAUCGACACCUUCGCGAAUCGUAGGAUCUGUAUUUGGCGGAAGCACGCCGUCCGAAAGCCAUCUUUUACCAUCAGAUAGGAAAGAUGAUCCACGAAACUUAAUAUUAUCCGGUUUCGUCCCUCAUAUUGCAGUACAUACAUCUGCCGACACACAUGAGCUUGCGCAAGACAAAGGGUUCAAGGGAGGGCUAUGGGAGUUGAUAAGGCCGUUCGGGGAGAAUAUACAAGGAAAGGUCAAUGUACGAGAUAGCAUAGGAGCUGGUAGAACGUACGACGAUUUCGGCGUACGAUUUGUACAAUUAGGCGAUGGACUCGAGAUACCGGAAGGAAUACCAGGGUCGCGAAGAAGCGGAGAGGGAAGAAUACUGUCACCAAAUGGCAAUAAAUCCAUACCGGAGUCAAUAGCUGCCCAGCGACUGAGAACUGGGGGAGAUAUUCCUCAGAUUGAACGCCUUGUCGAUCGUCAUUUAACAAAUGCUGAGGAAUUUCCUAGUGUCAGUGCAGAGGAUUUCUUGAACUUGAAGGAUAGCUCUAAAACGUCCGGGGCACCUUCUCCAUUUUAUACACUUUAUCUACGAAGAUUGCUCUCAGGAAUUCCCUUAGCCCCGCACGAAACAUUCUCUCAUCCAGUGGCAUGUAUCAUUGCCAUAAGUUCACGAAAUAAAAAUCCAAUUGAAGCUUUGAGGAGGUUAUAUGAAGAAUCAAGUCGUGGAGAAAAGCGAUUGCCACUAUGGGUCAAUGAUGACUAUCUCCGCUAUUAUGUUCUGGUACAUGACGAAGAACGAGAUGAUAUCACCAGAUCUAUUACAUUAUUUGAACAAAUGAAGCGUCAUUUUGGGCUCCAUUGCCAUCUUCUGAGGCUCCGGAGCAGUCAAUGUGUGGCAACAGAUGAUGAUAGUGUACAACUGCCACGAUGCGAAUGGGUAGCUGCAUCGGAAGAAAUGGCUGAGAUACAGGCGCGAGAGUCCCAAGAGGAUCCCGAGGACAUAUUUCCGUGUAUAUAUGAAUCUGAUACCACUGCCAUCAAAACAUUUAUUCGAGAGAUGGUCACCCAAUCUGUUGUCCCAUCGAUGGAAAGGUGUGUGGCGACUUGGAACGAUCAGGUUGCUUCACGUCGAAGGGGUAUAAGUGGAAGAUUCAUGAGUCUUUCGAAGACUUUAAAGUGGUCAGCGUUUGGUUCCAGUUCACGAAGUACUUCUGCAAACGCAACAGGAUCCGGCAGCAACUAUGAUGCCUUACAAGGUUUUUAUCGACCUGACUCACCUGAAGCAUUGAUGCGAAAGCUAGCAGACUAUUCGUUCAUGCUUCGAGAUUGGAAACUCGCCCAGCAGAUCUAUGAUUUAUUACGGUCAGAUUUCACCAAUGAUAAAGCAUGGAAAUAUCAUGCAGCAGCGAAUGAAAUGGCUGCUAUUAGUACUCUCAUGAUGCCUCAUUCUAUCAGCGCAAAAACCCGUACCGAAACAAUCGAUUUGAUGCUUGAGACUUCAUCGUACUCCUAUAUGACACGAUGCAGUGCUCCAUAUGGAGCCCUACGCUGUUUAACCUUGGGGAUGGAGCUUCUUCGAUUGAGAGGUGGUUCAGCCACAGGUGACGCAGCGAGAUGGGGUGCGAGACUUCUUGACUACAAGAUCGUGGGUUCAAUCGGGGAUGCGUUAUUCAAGGAGCGUGUUGCUGUUUGUUAUGGUACAAAGAAGGGGCACGGAGUUGGUCUUUGGGGUAGCAGAACAAGAAAAUCUGCCAUGUGGAAUAUUUUGGCUGCUGAAGGAUGGCUGGGCCUUGAGAAGCCUCAUCAAUCAAAAAAGAGUCUGGACGAUGCUCGUGCGAAAUAUGCCACCUUGACGCAUAAAGAUAGCUUGUUACAUUUCUCGGAAGCGAAUGAAUUCGUCGAAAAUCUUGAGGCUGAUAUUGAAAAUACUUUAUACCCCAUCACCGAGUCACAAGCAACAAUCAUGCCAGACGAUUCAAUAGAGACGACGAUGGGAGAAGAAAGCGAAGCCUUCAAUUCCCGCCCACAUCGAAGGAGUCUUAUGGGUGGAGUAGCAGCGCCUCCAAUCGCAAGUCUAGAAUCGGCUCCUUUGCAUGGAACAUUGAUGGAAGCGGAAGAGAAAGAUAAGGUUGUUACUAGCAAUGAUUUUGAACAAGAGUAA